CAGAAUCAAAUACUGCUUUAAAGUCAAGAAAGACCACCACUGUCGGUCGCCGAUAAGUAUGCCUGUGUUCUAGAACCUGACGAAUGGUGAAUAUGUGGUCGAUGCAGCCACAACCAGGUCUGAAGCCAGCUUGGUUCUCGCGUGUUUGCAGUUCACGAGUCUUAGUUAGGCGUCUGAAAAUUAUCGAGGCCAGUAUUUUAGAUACUAUGUUUGUUGAACUAAUCCCUCUGUGGUUAUCACAGGAUGAUUUUGACCCUUUCUUAUAUAUUGGGACGAUAAGUGAUUGCGACCAGUCAGAUGGGAUAAAGUCUAAUUCCCAGAUCUUAGCUAAAAUAUUAGUCAACCUAAUCGCUAGAAUUGGACCACCAUCCUUAAACACCUCUGGAGCCAAUCCAUCUGGACCAGCUGCCCUUCCUCGUUUCAGAUUAACUAUAGCCUUUUGAACUUCAGCAAGAGUUGGGGGACCUACUUCAAUGUUCCAUUCACAUUGUCUGGGAAUGGAGGGUAGUUGUAGAGUAGCUGAAGGCCAGCUGAACUGUUCUCUGAAAUGUUCCGCCCAUCGUUCUAAACGUCUGGACUGAGAGCAGAUGAGGGUGUCGUCUUUUUCCGAAAUAGUCUGACCUACAUUUGACUUAUUU